AUGGAGGAGUCAUACAACUUUGCAACAACAAUUUUAACUUCGAAAACUCCAGAACAGGCCGCUGCUAUUGUUCCCAAUGUUGUUGCUGGCUCGUCUGGUAUCAACAAGGAUUUAAUAUCAUGUUUUAACCACUACCUGUCCACGUUAUCCACACACAAUCAAAACCUCAAGCAAUUAAUUGAUGAUGCCGAUAAGAUUGCCAAACGCAGCAACGUGGGGUUCAACAACUUUCCUCGUAAUUGGAAUUGUUUGCUCAAAGCAGUCGAGAUGGAACACCAUAAUAAUGAAAUUAUAAGAAAGAAUUUGAAGCUGGAGAUUAUUGACCCAUUAAGAAACUUGAUUGAAAACGAUGUAAGAAUCUCGGAGUUGAUUGUAAACGGACAAGAGUUGCAAGAAAUUAGCUCCCACUUGACCAAGGAUGGAGAAUACCAAUGGAAUUACAAAGCGCCUCAAACUUUUCAAAACUUGGAGGACUUUAAAAAAGUCGAGAUCCAAUUGAUGUUUAAUAUCGUGUUGAAUUUUUUCCAAAUGUACAAUGGGAAAUUGACCAAGGAAUUGAAGAAUAACGAAAACUCAACAAACUACCUCUUGGGAAGUUUCAAGUUGGACAAUGAGAUGAAUAGUCAAUUGGACUACUUGCAACAAACCCAAUUCCAGGCCCCAGCAAAUAAUAAACCAGGCUCUUCAAGAAGAGCAUCAUCGUCAACAACAACAACAGCAACAACGACAGGCUCAUCACAUGUUGGUGCUGGUGCUGGUUCUUUGGAGCAUGGUCAUCCAAAACUGAGAAGGAUGAGUUCAUUUGGUAAACUUGAUAAGCAUCAUGGAGCUAGUGAUGAACCAUCAUCGCCCAAAAAGCAAUCAAAACUUAGGUCUAAAGUUGGCUCUAUUUUUGGCAGAAAGAAUAAGAAAGACAAGAAUCAACUCAAUCAAGAAGCAACGAUCCCAGAAGAUGCUUCUGUUUCAACUGAUGCAUCAAUCUCAAGAACACAAAGCACGUCAUUGUUAUCAAGAAACACUACGAGAAGAUCUACAUACGAGCCACCUUCUACUCAAAGAUCGCAAACUGCAGCAACAGCAACAACAACAACAACUAAUAAUAAUAAUAAUGCUAAUGGUCAAGCAAACAUCCCAGAACCAACUUUUGCUUCGCCUCAAUAUUUUGAAUCCAAUAAUCGUGACACAAAUGCAACAAAUGCAGCAAACACAACAAACGAGGCAAGCGAAGUAACUUCACCAUUUAAACAACCAUUGCAACCACAGCCAAGACAAACUGUUGCAAAUACUGCACAACCCCAACAGUUUCAACAAUCACAACCUUCUCAAUUUCAAACGUCUCCUCAAUCUCAGCAAUUCCAACAAUCGCAACCUUCUCAAUUUCAAACGUCUCCCCAAUCUCAGCAAUUCCAACAACCAGCUCAGGCUCAACAACAACAACAACAACAACAACAACAACAACAAUUUCAAUCAAGUGGACAACCUCGUCAAUCGACCUUUGGAUCCGUGGCCUCUAAUCAAAGCAAAGAAGUCGGACAGCCAUCAACACCUGUUCACAAUAAAUUCCUUCCACCAAACCCAUUAUCGGAGCAAACAGCUGAAUCGCCUAAUUUUAUCAAGUAUAAUAAUGAAGGUGAUGAAGGUGAUGAUGAUGACGACGACGAUGAUGAAGAUGAUAGUGACGAGUCUAUAGUUGCAGGCCGUAGAAGCUCAUUAUUACAAAGAAACGAGUUGGGCGAUACCAGUCCCAUUGACAAUCGUAAUCAAGACUUCUACCCAACCCCACCUGCGCUGAACCAAGUUCCAAAAUCAUCUUUGGAUCCACAAGCUCAGUUACCACAUAGCCAAGGUCAAGGCCAGGGCCAAGGUCAAGGCCAGGGCCAAGGUCAAGGUCAAGGUCAUUUCCAAGGACGUUCCUUGCAACCAUCCAUGGUGCCUGGCAGCUUCAUUCAAAAUGACGCUCAACGUUCAAGACAAAGCAGUGAUGGAAUCUAUUCAUUUGAAACUGGCGAUGAUCAGAAACCUAUAACGGCAGCUACAAAUACUGGACGUAAUGGAGUUCGAAACUCAAUUACAGAAAAGAAUUCCGAGCAGCUUCCUGAACCAGAUCUCUUUUAUAAACAAACAGAACAGGGUCUGGGAGGAGCGUCUAAAGAUUCAGAGUCUACCCUCUUCACAUCCAAGGCGCCAAGAAUGGGUACAAUGGCAGAAUCUAUUACAAGUGCAAAUAGCUCAACAGCAGCUCCACGUCCACCACCUUCUAGAAAAGUUCAUCAUACCGAUACGAACUCUUCAGUGAGAGAUUCUUCAAUCUUUCACAAUUUACCCGCUGCAUCCACAAGCACAUCUACCCGCGAUUCGUUUGCAGCUCCUGCUUCUGCUCCCGCUUAUCAACAUCAACAACAUCAACAACAUCAACAACCACCGCCACCAAUUGCACACAGAUUCUCAAGUUUGGGCGAGACUCAAUUCAAACACUUGUCUACUCAAGAUACUGGUUCUUUAUUAAAGAACGAUUUCAAACAUUUCAAUCUUUCCGAAGCAACAAGCGGGUUAAAUGCAUCGGUGGCCGAGAUUAUAAAUGCAAAUAUCAAAGAUGGCCAAGUAAUUGCUGGCCAAGUUGUUGGUGAAGUUGCAUUCAAUUACAAUGGUCCGCUUGUGCAAGACACAUUUAUCAAUGUUAAUAUUCCAUACAAAUACGAUAAGCUCAUUGUCAACAAAAACUUUAUUCAGGAGCUUGGUGAAGGAAAUUACACAAUCGAUCCAUCAACCAUUAUUUCCAAGACAUCUGGUGGUUUGAAAUAUUUGUACAAGACCCUGCAAGUGCCAUUGUCCAUACACCAAGUUUGGAAGCAUGAACCUCACCAAUCGAGUUUGCUUAUUAGCAUCAAGUCUACCGUUAGUGAAAAAUUGGUGUUGAACAAUUUUGUGGUCUCAGCUGCGUUGAAUCAAGAUGUACAAGCAACUUCGGCUUCGUCAAAGCCUCAAGGUGCAUUUAAUAAAGAGAAAAAUAGAAUAACAUGUAGGUAUCAUGAACCUGUUGUUUUGCAAUCACACGGCGAGGAAAAACUCAUUGCAAGAUUCAAGACAAAUGGUCAAGGAACAGAGCACGAGCUGGGUAUACAGGUCAAAUUUGCUAUUGAAGACUCGGCCAAAUCAAUUAGAUAUUGUACAAUUUAUGACGCAGCAAGUGGGCAAGAAGUACCAACUUACCGUAACUUGAUCAGUGGUCAUUACAGCAGUCACUCAUAG